AUGGAACUCCAGCCGGCCCAUAUCCAGGCCCUCGACCUGCCCGAGAUCAUGGACCUCAUCGGUCACUACCUCUCCAAGGGCACCCUCCUCAACUGUAUCCAAGUCAACCGUUCCUGGCACGACUACUUUGUCCCCAUUCUCUGGAAAUCUUUCGUCUUCUCCGCCUACUCGUCCCAACCCCGCCCACCAGUCGAGGCCUUCCUCAAGUACGCCCACCACAUCCGCCAGCUCGAGUUCGGUGGCCUCAACUCGCCCUGGUACAUGUCCAUCGGUUGCAAGAACCUUGAUUUCCUGAAGGUUGUAGGGGAGAGGUAUGUGUUGGAGGAUUCGGGGGAGGAUCCGUUGACGAAUCUGGUUCAGGAGAAUCCGAGCUUGCAGAGGUUGAUUCUGUUUGAUGUCCAGCCUCAUCCGGAGGAGGCGUUUUGGGAUGCAGUUGCGGGAUUGACGGAGAUGAAAUCGUUGAUUGUUAACAGGACUGAGAUCCCUCCGCACAGUACUCAAGCGUUUUUCAGGGCCAUCUCGACUUACACCCCAACUUUGUGCCUUGACAGGGUUUAUUUCAAGCCUAUCAGACUCGGGAUGGAGGAGGACGAGAAGGAAGAUGAAGGGGAGGAAGGGGCUCAAGAUCAAGCAGAGGGAGUAGAACAACAGUAUGGAUCGAGCGAGGAGACAGCACAGACUGAAGGGGGAGGUGCUCAGAGCCACGAGGACACAGCCAGCAACACCAACAACAACGACACCGACAACGCGUACGACUGCGAAACCGAGACCAGCUUCUUUUACGCUUCUGAGGUGCCCCCCGAGGUGACCUUUUCGCGCCUAAAGACACUGUACAUGUUUGACCUAGCCGGCACUGGUUACGACAAGCAGCCCUGGAUCCUCGAACACGCCCCUCGUCUCGAACACCUGUCCUGGAGAGGCGGCUACGAUUUCGAGUUCCCUACCGAAUCCUUCACCUCAGCCCUCGAAUCCGGCCAGCUCUCCCGCCUCGAGUCACUCGAAGUGCGAGGUUCACACCUCAAGGACUCCGAGAUUGCCCAGAUCCUGUCCCGCAUGAACCGUCUUGUCAAACUUGUUGCGCCCCGUACAGAGUUGGGCCCCCUGGCGAUGAAACAGCUAUUCCAGCAUUACGAGACGGUCCGUGAGUUGAAUAUUAGUGGGUGUGAGAAUGUCCGGAGUUGGAUGAUCCAGAUGUUCCUGUGCAAGUUUGUGGCGUUGGAGGUGUUUAUGGCGGAUAUGCUUUCGUUACAGGACAUUACAACUGAUCCUUGGGCUUGCUUGAAGUUGAGGAAGUUGUCGUUAGAUUUUGAGUUGGGGUAUGUUGAUAAGGAGGAAGGUGUUGUUGGGGAGGAGAGUGAUGAUGACGAGGAUGAGAACUGGGCAAAUGUUGAUGCAGGUGAAGAGGGCGAUAACGAGACUACAGAGGUCGACGUGGAGGCAGAAGUGGCUGACGUUGGUGAAGAGGAAGGAGAGACCACGCCAAAGGAGGAUGAACUGACCAGGGUCGAUGAGGCGAUCGCAUAUCUGGAGCGAAUUGUGGUUGAGACGGCUAUUGCUGAAGGUGAGAAGGCCAAUGAGCAGGAAGAAGCACUACCAGGCGUUACCGCGACGGCUGAAGGAGUGGCGAUCACAACCGAUACGACAGGCGACGUUGUUGCGGUCACCCAAUUAAGCGAGGAUACCACGGCGGAAGGGGAGGAGGGUGAGACAGAGGAAGCAGAGGCGCUGUUUACGCCUGAAGAGAUUGCGGCUGCGAUGGUGCCUGCACAAUGGGACCAACAGCAGAUGGAGGCUGAUGCGGCAGCCGCAGAGGCGGAAGAGAACCCAGACGACCUUUGGAAGAACCUCGUCCCCUACGUCUAUUCAGAAGAACGCCAACGGGUCAUUUUCGAGCGUCUCAGCCAACUCAAGUACCUCGAGGAGCUCAACAUCAAGCAACAGACGGAACGACCUUAUUCGGCUGCAGAACAGUUGAGAGCGGGAGUGGUUCAGAAGGUGUUGGACCUGAGUCUUGAUAAUGGGAUGGGAUUGUUGGCCGUUUUGAGCCGGUUGCGAGAGUUUUAUUUCCCGGGUCCACAGGAGAUGGAGGAGAGGGAGGUGUUGUGGAUUAUUGAGCAUUGGGGUGGGAGGUUGACGCAUAUGACGGGGGAGUUGAAUCGACGACGGAGGGUGAAUAAGAGGUUGUUGAAGCUAUUGAGCGACCACCAUAUCAACGCUGCCAUGUGCAUGCAAUAG